CAACGCGUCACUCACCAGGCAAGUUUUCGAAAUGAAAUUGCGCAGCCGCAGUAAACUUGGACGUUAAUGAGAAGUCUCGCGAUAUGAACAUGCACUUAGGGAAUAGGAGUCGGGAGGGAUUUUAGUGGGAUUUAGGAGGUUUAUUAUAUUUAGGGCAUUUUUACACAGGUGUAAUCUAUGUUCAGAGUGCAUAUACUGUAUGUUAUGUUAUGCCAGGUUGCUUUGCCUUGCUUUGAGUGCCCAGACUGACUUUGUGUUGUUCUGUGCAUCUGACAGUAAAAUACUUGAACUUUAUCAGCUCUGACUCCCGGAAAUAAAUUGUGAUUCUCCUCUCCAAUAUUCUCGGAAACACAAAAGUAAAUGUACAACAUUCAGUGAGUUUGAUACAGGUUUGGCCCCUGCCAGUUACAUAUGUCAGGUGCAACUUAAUCCUUGUGUAUCACCAUGAUUUAUUUUUCUAAAUAUAUUUCCUUGUUGCCAAGUUAUUCAUUAUUCUACUAGUUGUGAUCUGUUAAGGUAAAAAAAGUAUUACUGGUAGUGAUAGGUGCAAUAAGUGUACCGUAUCUUUACACGUGUACAUGUUUAUCGUUGUUCUACUGAUAACUUGGAAAGCUGUAAAAUGUACCUCGUUGAGAUUCAAAGUUUACAUCCACAGUUCACAUUCAGCUGUUCGCGUCUGCAUCUUAAAUUUUCUCUGUCAGAAGAUUGGUGUCCUCUCCAGAAUGUUGAAAGAAACAGCAGUCUUAUUUUUGUUGGCUUUUCCUUGGAUGUCAUUUGGUGCCCUAGCUCCAAAGAAUCUUGCCUUGCGUGGAAAAGCCACUCAGUCAAACCUCAUAGAUAAUCCAUACUCUGGCUACAGUGAUGCAAACAAUGCCAUUGAUGGGAAUCGCAAUCCAAAUUUCUAUGAGGGGUCUUGCACUGCUACUGACACUCAGACCAAUCCCUGGUGGAGAGUUGAUCUGCUGGACACAUUCAUAAUCACCUCUGUCACCAUCACUAAUAGAGGGGAUGCUGUUCCUGAAAGGAUCAAUGGUGCUGAGGUCCAUAUUGGAAAAUUCAUACUGAACGAUGCUUUUAACACUUUGGCUGGGGUCAUUCCCUCUAUAUCAGCUGGAAGAUCUCUCACACUGAAAUGGGCCAAAGGUGUGGAGGGACGUUAUGUGACCGUGCGUCUUCCUGGGAGUGGAAGACUUCUUACACUCUGUGAAGUAGAGGUUUAUGGGUAUCCUCCUCCAACUGAAAAUGUAGCCAUAGCAGGAAAAGCUACACAGUCCUCUGUGCAUGGCAGUGGGUUUGCCAACAACGCCAUUGAUGGCAACAGGAAUGGUGUGUACGAAGACGGGUCUUGCACUCACACUAAAGCUACAAUCAAUCCCUGGUGGAGGGUAGACCUCCUGAAGACCUACAGAGUGUUCUCCGUCACCGUCACAAAUACAGUUAACAGUGUCCCGGAAAGACUUAAUGGAGCUGAGAUCCGCAUUGGACAUUCCCUUGACGGCAAUGGAAUCAAUAAUCCCAGAUGUGCAGUGAUAUCUUCUAUUCCAGCUGGAUUUUCUGAGACAUUCCAGUGUAAUGGGAUGGAGGGCCGUUUUGUCGUUAUUGUCAUUCCAGGAAGAGCGGAGUACCUUACUCUGUGUGAGGUAGAGGUGAAAGGUUCCCCUCUUGACUAAAACAUUAAUUAAAAUCUGCUGAAGGACUGUGGUGAGACAGUGUAGACAGAGGAUUCAGAUGAGAGUUUAAACUCAAACAAAAAAAGUUAAAAGUAAACAUCACUGAAUGCUGUUGUAAACCAUGAUCUGAAAAGAAGAAGCAAAAACCAAUCGCAACCCAAUAACCUAAUUUUUCAGCCAAAUUCAUGGUAAAAUCCUUUUUCUUCUUCUUUAAAUUCACAGUGUCAAUAUGAUUAUGUAAAUGAAUUGUUUGCUCAAUAAAUCUAACUUGUUGCAAUGUUCUAAGUUGUUUUAGGCUACGUGUUGUGGUCUGACAGAAUGAAUAUCUUUAGCUGGACUAUAAAACAGUAUUCAGAGUCCAUCAACUUUCAUCACAGUUCAAUAGUCCUUUGUCACAUGACGAAAUAAAAACCCUCAUAAAUCCAGCAUCUUACAGUAUGAAUAAUAAUUCACUAAAUCAAAUAUGAACUUGUAUGUAUUCGGAAUUACAAAAAACUGUUGUUAAUGUUGCAACUCAUGAACAUUUAUUUAAAUGAAUUAGCAGCGAUACCUAUGGAGGACCAAACCUGCCAAAAU